AUGUCCUCCGAACAGCGAGCCUCAUCUGCCGUUCGCAACCUCCGAUCGAUGUUCGAGAACAAGGCCGCGACCAAUCUCGAAGCCCAAAACUCUCCCGAACCGCGUGGGAGAUCACCUGGUGCAUUGGGAGGGAGCAAGGACAUUGGACUUGAGAGACCUACGAGCAAAGUACGAGCGAGCUUCGUCUCCGUCGAGCCAAGUGCAAGGAUGGCGACGGAAGAGAGCAUAUCAAACGGGUCACCCACUCGGAGAAGGGGCAGCUUUGUUGAGGCUGAUGCGGACCUUGGGCUGAGAAAGACUAUCAGUGAGCAUCACGAGGCUGCGCCGGAGAAAGUGGUGGAGAGUGCGGUUGGGACGCCAAAAGGAAGUGGUGAUGAAGAAGCAACUCUCCCAGCGGAAGACGACUCUACCGCUCCCCAGGAGCCCGCCAAUCCAGACAAGCCUGUCACUGCUGCGGAGGAGGAGCCCAGCGAGAUGCAGCCCGCCGACCCCACAAGCGAGCAGGCCGUGAGCGGCGGAGAGGCGCUUCCCCCAGUUGCUGAGGAUCUCCGCGCAACUGCACACUCUGCUGCGCCAUCGAGUGCGAGAAAGACUUCGGAGAAGGGGCGCUCAACCAACUCCAAACCGCCUGCCAUUUCGACAAAAGCAUCCACCAAGCCAUCUUCGAGCGCCAAGUCUCCAGCGAGCCAACCGAAGACGCCCCAGUCUUCGACAGCACAGCCCAAGGUCCCCGCGAAGAAGGCAAGCAGGAGCUCUCUUACGGCACCCACAGCGGCUUCGAUGGCUCGAUCGGGAGCGGGAACGGACCACCCAUCGAAGACUUCACCAUCCUCUGGACCCAAGAAACGAGAGCCCACCAAGCCAGUCAGCCUUCCAUCCCAUCUGACAGCACCUACGGCGUCUUCGAGAGCGAAACAUGACCCAACGUCUGCCUCCGGGCCGUCAACUACUUCAAAACCUACAACCUCACGACCUAAGCCUUCCUCGACUCGUCCGACACCACGAACGUCUCUAGCACCAGCGCAUCGUCCAGGGUCUCAGACCUCCCAUACUUCUGCGCCAGCGCCUCGGAGAAGUAUGGCCUCUGGCGACAACAGCAGCUUCCUAGAGCGGAUGAUGAAGCCAACCGCAGCCUCGGCAAGCAAGACUCAUGAAAAGUCGGAUGCCAAAAGCCCGCCUUCAAAGUCAAAAACGACGUCAAAGCCGAAGACGAACGGCACAUCCUCGAAACCAGCUGCGGCAGCGAAGACUGCCCCAGCAGGGAAACCGGAGGACCCUGUUCCCGAAGCUGCGAACGAAUCCUCAGCGCCACCGCAGGAGCCAUCUACUGCUCAACCGAUUCCAGAGAACUCGACGGGCAACGAAACGCCUCUCGCGAACGGCCACUCGGAACAGGAAGCUGCUACGCUGGAAGCCACUCCAGCAGGCAUGGCUGGCGAGGAGACGAUCAGAUAG